AUGUCUGCACCUCCAACUGGUUCAGUUACAUUUGGUACAACCCCAUCUGCAGAAACCCCGACAACAGUUCCAGCUCCUGGAGACAACCCUGACUCCACAACAGCUGGUCGUACCAGUGGUACUACGGCUAAUCCACCUAAUCAAGCUGAAUUGACCACAUUAUUAUCCAACAUGCUGAAUAUCACUAGUAAUGGAUCAGGUGACAUAAACAAUGUUCCACCUGAACAACGAUUUUGA